AAACAUAGUACGGUACAGUAGCAUGUCUAAGCACUCUGAGAAGCAGCGUUCCCUAUUGAAACGUCUGGAAGAGAACGAUUCGACGCUGACGAGCGUCUCUCUGUCUCUCAGCAGCAGCCCAAACGAUUUGUCUACAUUGCAGCGUCUGCGCAGGAGUAGCCACAUUCAAGAGCUUAACCUCUCUAUGUCUCUAGCAGACGACCAAGUGCAUCUCAUCGCUGCUGCGUUGACUCCCAUCACAUCAAUACAAACACUCUGUCUCGACCUUCAAGAAGUCUCCGACUCGGGCUUCGCUCGACUCAUCAAUCUACUCAAAGACUGUCCAUCUCCAAUCAAGCGAUUCGAACUCCGCACUAAUCGACUCUCAUCCGAUGGAUCUGCACUUAUUAUUGAGUCUCUCUUGUGUCACAUGACCAUUAAUGAGCUCGACCUCUAUGCCACCGAAUUGGACUACUAUGAUUUAGUUAUAGGUGACAGCGGGGUCAAACAUAUUAGAGCCGCUCUGGCAAAGCGCAAUAAGCCCAUGAAAUACCUCGGAAUCCGACAGCAUGGAAUCACAGAUCUCGGAGUGUCGGUUUUAACACAAGGUAUCCGGGAUAGUCCAGGUGUUUAUAGUCUUAGUCUUCAAGGCAACGGUAUUACCCAAUCAGGAGCGUCGGUUUUGGCGCGUUUCAUCAAAGAAACCGACACUUUGAAGUCGAUCGAUUUGGGAGAAAACGGAAUAGGAGACGAAGGAGCUAUCGUUUUAGCUCAAGCUCUCUGCGUCAACCGCACCGUUCAUCACGUCAACUUGAAAGCAUGUGGAGUCGGUGACGGCGGCGCGAUGCGAUUUGCUGAAGCGCUAUACAACGCACCGGACACGCGAGGCCUUCAAAUUUUAAUUCUGGAUUUUAACAACAAGGUGGGAGAUGCUGCUGUGGAAAUGAUUGCUCAAGCAUUGAAAACAAAUAGGACAGUCAAAGUGCUGAGUGUUAAGUAUUGUCGAGUGGGAGAUGAGGGAGGUGUGCAGGUGGCUCGAUCGUUGAAGGAGAACGAUUGUUUGGAAGAGCUGCAUUUGGAUGGAAAUGAUGUGGGAGAUGCAACAGCAUUAGAACUAGCGGAAGCAAUCAAGAUCAAUAGAACUCUCCGUCACUUACAUCUAUCAAACACUCACAUCCGAAAUCAAGGCCAAGACAAACUAAUCGAUGCCUUGAAGGUAAACAACACCAUACUAUCCAUCAGCCUUACAGACACAUCAGGCAGUCGAGUCAGUGAAGUGUCAGCUGUAGAAGGAUUACUAAUGAAGAAUCGUGAACUUGAAAGAGUGAGAGAGGAGUUAGAAAAGGUGAAGAAGGAAAGAGAUGAAGCUCUGAACAAAUUAGAGUUACUGGGACAAAAUCAAUAAAAAGAUUAAUAUCAAUUUUAUGUUACAAUAUAUUUUGUGAGUUACUA